AUGACUCAUGGGAACACCGAAUCCGUGGGAAGCUCCCUCUUGAUUUGGCUGACCUGCGGCAUUUUGUCGACAAUCGGAGCUCUUUGCUACGCGGAACUGGGAACAUGCAUCACCAGAUCUGGCGGGGAUUACGCCUAUCUGCUGGUGUCCUUUGGGCCGCUGGUGGGAUUCCUGCGGCUCUGGAUCGCACUGCUCAUCAUCCGGCCAACCACGCGGACCAUUGUGGCUCUAACUUUUGCCCACUAUGCGGUCAAGCCAUUCUUCCCGGAAUGCGAUCCCCCACAGAAUGCGGUGAAACUGCUGGCUGCCAUAUGUCUGACUCUGCUCACCACAAUUAAUUGCCUGUCUGUGAAGGUGUCCAUGAAGGUGCAGGAUGUGUUCACGGUGGGCAAGCUGCUGGCCCUCAUCAUGAUUAUCCUAGCCGGACUGUACUACAUGGCCACUGGCGAGUUGGAGAACUUCAGCCAUCCGUGGGAGGGCAUCUACACUACCCGCAACAUUGGCUACGCCUUCUAUUCCGGUCUGUUUGCCUUUGGCGGCUGGAACUACUUGAACUUUGUGACGGAGGAGCUGCAGGAUCCAUACAAGAACCUGCCGCGUGCCAUUUGGAUAGCCAUGCCCCUGGUCACUGGCAUCUAUGUUCUGGUUAAUUUGGCCUACUGCGCCGUGGUGAACAAACCGGAGAUGCUCAGUUCACUGGCCGUGGUGGUGACCUUUGGAAACCGUGUGUUCGGACCGCUGGCCUUCAUGGUGCCCAUUUUCGUGGCACUGAGCACAUUUGGAGGCGUCAACGGAGUGCUCUUCACCUCGGCGCGUCUGUUCGCCACUGGAGCUCAGGAGGGGCAUUUGCCCAAGUUUUUCCAGCUGUUCCAUGUGAAGCAACAGACUCCCAUUCCCUCCCUGAUUUUCACAUGUCUGAUGUCUCUGCUCAUGCUGCUCACGGAUAACGUCUACCAGUUGAUCAACUACUUCAGCUCGGUGCUCUGGCUCUCAGUGGUGGCCAGCAUAGCCGGGAUGUUGUGGCUCCGGCACAAGAGGCCCGACUUGCCCAGACCCAUUAAAGUCCAUAUUGCGCUGCCCAUUAUCUUCAUGGUGAGCUGCGUGACACUGGUACUGCUGCCGAAUCUGGAGGAGCCGCAAAAUCUGCUGAUUGGCAUCGGCAUAACCCUGGCUGGUAUUCCGUUCUACUACGCCUUCAUCGCCUGGAAAAAUAAGCCCAAAUGCUACGGACGGCUGUCCAACUCCGUGGUGGAGAUUUGCCGGGCCGUCUUCAAUACCACCAUUAUCUAAUCGAAUGAGGCGAUUAACUAGGCCUACAUACAUACAUAUGUACCACACGUGUAAAACUCGUGCAUUUAGUGCAAAAACACUCAAAAUUGAUAUUCGAAAACACUGAAAACUUGUUAAAUCUUUAACAGUUUUGAGUAGUCCCCUGUCCCGUUUGUAUGAUAUUUUAGCAUUCCUCACCACGAAAUUGGCAUCUAUUAGAAUUUAGUUUUAUCGUACGUUCGUAUUUAU